AGUUUUCCCAUACAUCCCCAAAACAAGACGAAGAAAUAGGUCGUGGACGUGCUGCGCAAACAUCUCUUGAGGCUCGAGCUUCUCCACGCACAGCGGUGAGCGCAGACGGGCGGCUCCGAAGCGCCACCUGAGGAACGUGAUCGUCUGCACGUCAGGUUUUGCUCGUCUUCGGCCUUCCAAAUAAUAAUAAUAAUAAUAGGUGGAAGACGAUGGAAGGACAGGGCAAGCAGGUGACAGGCUACCUCCUGUUCUCCCUGACCACGGCCGUCAUCGGCUCGCUGCAGUUCGGCUUCAACACGGGCGUCAUCAACGCACCCGAACAGAAACUGCGCUCGUUCUUCAAUGACACGUGGUUGGAGCGUUACGGCGAGCCAAUCGGCCCGGGCGUUUGCACCGUGGUCUGGAGCGUCACCGUCGCCAUCUUUAGCGUGGGCGGCAUGGUGGGAUCCUUCAGCGUGGGCGUCAUGGCCGACCGAUUUGGCAGGAAGCGCUCCAUGUUCCUGGUCAACAUCCUGGCGGUGAUCGGCGGCCUCCUGAUGGGGUUUUCCACCAUGUGCUCGUCGUACGAGAUGGUCAUCGCCGGCCGGCUGGUCAUCGGCCUCUUCUGUGGCCUCUUCACGGGCUUGACGCCCAUGUACGUGGGCGAGGUGUCGCCCACCCCGCUCAGGGGGGCCUUCGGAACCUUGCACCAGCUGGGCGUGGUCGUCGGCAUCCUCAUCGCUCAGAUCUUGGGCCUGGAGUCGUUGCUGGGCUCGUCGCGUCUGUGGCCCGUGCUGCUGGCGCUGACGGUGGCGCCGGCCGUGCUGCAGUGCGUCCUGCUGCCCUUCUGCCCCGAGAGCCCCCGCUUCCUCCUCAUCAACCUCAAGCAGGAGGAGGAGGCGCGCAAAGCGUUGGUGCGCCUGCGCGGCAGCGAGGACGUGAGCGGCGACCUUCAGGAAAUGAAAGAGGAGAGCAGCAAGAUGGCGCUGGAGAAGAAGGUGACCAUCCCCGAGCUCUUCCGCUGCGCGGCGUACCGCCAGCCGCUGCUCAUCGCCGUCAUGCUGCAGCUGUCGCAGCAGCUGUCCGGCAUCAACGCCGUGUUCUACUACUCGACGGGCAUCUUCGAGUCGGCCGGCGUCCGGCAGCCCGUCUACGCCACCAUCGGCGCCGGCGUCGUCAACACCGUCUUCACCGUCGUCUCGCUGUUCCUGGUGGAGAAGGCGGGCCGCAGGACGCUCCACCUGCUGGGCUUGGGCGGCAUGGCGCUGGCCGCCGUGCUCAUGACCAUCUCGCUGCUGCAGAAGGAGCUGGCGGGCAUGAGCUACGUGGCCAUCCUGGCCGUCAUGGUGUUCGUGGCCAUGUUCGAGCUGGGCCCGGGCCCCAUCCCGUGGUUCAUCGUGGCCGAGCUCUUCUCGCAGGGCCCGCGGCCCGCCGCCAUGGCCGUGGCCGGCUGCUGCAACUGGACCUCCAACUUCCUGGUGGGCAUCAGCUUCCCCAAACUUGAGGUGAGCGUGCGUGCGAAUUGUGCUGGUCCGUGGGUCUUCCUCAUCUUCACCGCCUUCCUCAUCCUCUUCUUCGUGUUCACCUUCCUCAAAGUCCCGGAGACCAAAGGCAAAACCUUCGACGAGAUCGCCCGCAGUUUCGGCGCCUCGUCCCCAGGAGACGCCCGCCCUUGCCCCCCCGUGGGUGCCGACGGCGCCGCCCCGGCCGACGCCUCCCCGGCCAAGGAGGAGGAGAAGGAGAAGGUCCCCCUGGUGGAAAAGGAGAAGGUCCCUCUGGCGGAGAAGGGCGCCGGCGACAAUACCGAGAUGGUGUCCCUCAGGGAAGCAUCCAUUGUUAUGGAGAGCGUUUAACUUUGUCCAGGAACGAGAGGAUUUCACCACCCCCUCCAAAAACAAAACAAAACAAAACAAAACAAAACCCCCAAAAAGCCGACUCGGUUGAAAUCCUCGCGUCCUUUGGCUGUUGCGCACAUUCAAUCGACAUUCCGACCGAAGUCGGUCGCGCUCGUGACGGUUGGUCGCCGCGACGACCCAGCGCUUGGCCAGGGGGCGUGGCCUUCUCUUUGCUGUGUGUAACUUUGUAAGCUUAAUGUAGCCACGAGCUGGCACAGGGGCGGGCGAACGGUACGCAAACGCUCCCUUCCCGUUUUUCACACAGCCCAUCGAAAGUCUUGUCGUAUAAAUAUUAAUUUCGCCAUUUUUCCCCUCCUAAAAUUGUGGAUUAUAUAUAUAUAUAUAUAUAUAUAUAUAUAUAUCAUGAAAUAAUCAAUUUUCAAUUGAAAAAUUGAGUUUUUUUUAUUUUAUUCAAUAAUUGGUUCAUUGAAAUAUUGGAACUGAUAAAACUCUAAAAAUCAAUAGUAUUUGAAAAUAUUUAAUAUUUUAUUCAAUAAUUGCUCCAUUGACUGGAAAUAAUUCAAACAAUUGUAUUGUACUUUUUUAUUACGAGUUGCUUCAUUGAUUUAUUGAAAAAUCAUUCUAAAAAUUAAGUUCAUUGUUUGAUCAUUUUUAAUACAUACUUGAUUGACUCACAUUUACAAUAUUUAUUUGUUAAUAAUAAAAGAAUUCUCAUCCGUUUUAUCAUUUAUAAUUAGUUGACUUAACCAAUUAGUCAGUAAAUAGAAAUGGAUUGACUGCACAGAGGUCAAAUUUAACUUAAACCAAUCCACAGGCUCAUUUUGACUUGUUAUGCAGAAAAAUGAUUAGCUCCUGAUGACGUGUGACCUGUAACGAGUUUAUUUUAAUCAUAGAAUAAUUCAUUCCGAUUGACAUUUUAUUCAGCCGAACCAUAUUUCGAUGCACAUUUGAAGUUGCGAAAGUGUUCUUGCCCGCCCCCGCGCUAACGCUAACAAAUGUGUGCUUGCUUGGUGCUGUUACCACGGCAACCGUCCACCACGACAGUGUUGCAGCUUCUGGGAAAAGAAGUUCCUUAAUUUCCUUCCCUCCACGGGGCCAUCUUGUGCUUUUUUUACGGCUUUUUUGUUUAUUAUUAUUUCCCAAGCGCAGUCGAGCCUUAUUGACAUUAGUGUGAUUAUUAUUAUCUUUUAGUCAGCAAUACCAAAGUACAUAAAUUUUCCUUUUCAAGCUUGAUGAUGAUAUAUUAGAAAUCCCAAAUAUACUACAGCACUAAAUGAGAAGUAUGUAAAUAACAUAGAGAAAUAUUAAACUACAGUCUAUAUUGAAGAAAGAGAUAUUUAUGUGCUCAAGAUGUAUUUAAGGUGGAUGAUGAAGGGAAAGCAAUUUUCGAUAUUUUGAAAGCGAUUAUAGCUUCAAGUCGAACUGUGAAGUUUUCCGGACGUACGUUUGCGCUUUAGAAGUAUUCCAAAAAAGGGGCAAAGAGUGCAAUCGAGUGCCGAAACAUUUCGUGGCGUGACGGGCGAGUGCUAAUAUGUCAAAAAUGUCAAUUUCUUAACUGUGGUUGCCUUUCAUGCACGUAGACGGUCAUUUUCUCAUUCUCUCAUUGAUGCGACGAGAAAACGUUGAAAAAUGCAACGUCAUUGGCCUGCGACAAUAAAACGUUGAAAAAUGCAACGUCAUUGGCAUGCGACAAUAAAAUACUGAAAAACGCAACGUCAUUGGCCUGCGACGACAAAACGUUGAAAAACGCAACGUCAUUGGCAUGCGACAAUAAAAUGUUGAAAAACGCAACGUCAUUGGCCUGCGACGACAAAACGUUGAAAAACGCAACGUCAUUGGCAUGCGACAAUAAAAUGUUGAAAAACGCAACGUCAUUGGCCUGCGACGACAAAACGUUGAAAAACGCAACGUCAUUGGCAUGCGACAAUAAAAUGUUGAAAAACGCAACGUCAUUGGCCUGCGACAAUAAAACGUUGAAAAACGUAACGUCAUUGGUAGAAAGUUAAAAAAAAAACAGCUGGGGUUUCUCAACUUUUUGUUGUCACGGGGAGAAAUCUUUGCCCUCUUAAUCCAAACAAACGACUGUGUGUGUGUGUGUGUGUGUGUGUGUGUGUGUGUGUGUGUGUGUGUCCAAAAUGAUUGUGGCCACAAAAUAGAGAAGAGGUGCGCACGUUCUACUCCUUCGUUCACCCCGACGUCCGCAAGUUGUUCAUCGGAAUGACAAUUUAAAAGUCAAAUAUCGCAACUCGAGGCCAGUUAUGCUUGUUCUUGUUGUUUGUCUGCCAAAAUAUUUCUACUUGGCAGGCAUUUUUGUAUUUAUUUUUUGGUAAGACCAUCUUGUUCCUUGAAAAUCUUUAACUUGUUUUAAAAAUCUUAAACUUAUUUAUUGGUUCUGGGUAAGUUUCACUUUAAAUUAGCUAUUUCCAGCCAAGCAAGUUCUAAGCGUGCACGUGUUCUCUCGCUCGUUUUUAAUUUCGUCUUUUUUUUUGAGUCGGUGUGGCAACUUUGUGUGUUACCAAAUGCGUGUUGUCGUAUUUUGUUCGAUUUCUUCACACCGACGCUGCACUUGUGACUUCUAAUUUCAACGAAGGGUUUACAAGAGGUUGAAAAAGAUGACGCGUUGUCGUGACGCACGCGCGCACACGACGAUCGUCGCUGCUGCUUUGUGACCACCGUCGGAAGUUUGCGGGUCCGAUUUUCACACGGUGACGUGUUAUUUGUGCGCGUGCGCGUUGUUGUAGGCUGGAUCGACGACUGACUUGUGUUUGUAUUGUACAUGUGGAACGUUGUUGAAUAAAUCCUAUACACUAUA